UAUUCGGAAUCAAGUAUUUCGACAAGUCGGGGGAAAAAAAGUCGGCCGGGACCGCGACUGGUCUUCGUCGUAUUUUUACAAGAUCCUCGAGGGAGGGUCAAGGCUUCUGUAGAAAAUCAGUGGGGGAAGAUAUAUAAACAUCCCGGCACCCCGGCUCUCCCAGUCGAAAACACACUUUCACUUGAAAUUCUAAUCAUGUAUCCUGGCGUGAUGAGACCCGGCAAUAGGUCGGCUAAUCAAAGGAACUAUCUAAACAAUAUGAGAAACAACGUUACAUCAAAUUAUUUAAAGAAGAGGAAUGUGCAAGGAAAUGCUGCUGUUGAACGGGACGUCGCACAAGUCACUCUCGUUGAAUUGUACUUAGCAGAUAAUGCCAAAGUCCACAAUACAGAACGAUUUGAAAUUUCCAACGAGUCUCUUGUUUUAAGAAGAGGGCAACCCUUUUACCUGGCAGUCAGGUUCGACAAGGAGUUCGAUCCGAACUCGGAUACGCUUCGCUUUGUCAUGGACUUCGGUCCCACGCCACAUGUCACAAAAGGAACGAGGAGUGUGAUGGUCAUCGAUUCUCAAAGGACUGAAACCAAAUCGCAGCCUGGAAGGUGGGACGCAGUAAUCUCCCACCAAAAUGGAGCCGACAUUACAGUCCAAAUGGAAGCCCCGUCUAACUGUCAAGUAGGAAUUUGGCACAUGUCGAUUGAGACUGGUUCCCACUACGAUGAACAAGCUCUCAAUGAACACAAAGUCGAAGAUGACAUAUAUAUGUUGCUGAAUCCUUGGAAUCAAGAUGAUUCAGUGUUUAUGAAGGAUGAUGCAGAACGUAUGGAAUAUGUGCUGAAUGAUGUAGGAAAAGUGUGGAUGGGUUCAUAUCGCCAACCUCAAGGAAGACGGUGGCUGUUUGGCCAAUUUGAAGAUGCAGUAUUGCCCUGUGUGAUGUACUUACUCGAAUUGUCUGACUUGCCUCAUGAAGAUAGAGGAUCCCCUGUGCUUCUAGCAAGGGCGAUAAGCGCUGUGAUUAAUGCUGCUGAUGAAGGGGGUCUUGUAAUUGGGCGAUGGGAUGGAGAUUACUCGGAUGGAACUUCCCCUCAUGCUUGGACCGGUUCGGCUCCGAUUAUGGAGGAGUUUCUCAAAACAGGUGCUACGCCUGUCUCAUACGCCCAGUGUUGGGUAUUUGCCGGCCUUGUGACAACUGUAUGCCGUGCACUUGGACUGCCUUGCCGGCCGACGACCAAUUAUGUCUCAGCACACGACACUAAUUCGUCAUUAACCGUGGACAAGUUUUUCGACUAUAGAGGAGAAGAAAUCAUAGGAGGACCGGAUGGAGAGUGCCAUGACUCUUGCUGGAAUUUUCACGUUUGGAACGAUGUCUGGAUGUCGAGACCCGAUUUACCGCCAGGCUAUGGAGGCUGGCAAAUAAUUGAUGCCACCCCUCAGGAGAUGAGCGGAAAUAUGAUGAGAUGUGGCCCUGCAUCAGUAGAAGCAGUCAGAUGUGGUCAGAUUGGAUUCCUCUACGAUAAUCCAUUUGUUUUUUCUGAAAUCAAUGCAGAUGUGUGCCAUUUCAAAGCGGACACUAAAUCCUACUGGGGAUUUACAAGAACAAGGAUAAACAGAUAUCAUGUAGGAAGGAAAAUAGUGACAAAAAGGGUGGACGUAGAUGAUGAUGUGGGCGAUUCUGAUAUGUGGGAUGUAACUCAGUUAUACAAAAACCCUGAGGGUUCAAAAGAAGAACGGAUGGCUGUAUUCAACGCAGUAAGAGGAGUCGAUAGGGCCCAAUUACACUACGAUUUCCCAGAUGAAUCUCAACAGGACGUCUCUUUCGAUUUGGAAGAUAUAGACCAGAUACAAUUCGGAGAGCCAUUCAGCAUCGUUGUCAAAAUUAAGAAUAAUUCCACAGAAGUUAGGACUAUCGAGAUGAUGUUAGCUGCCAAUUCUGUUUACUACACCGGUAUGACAGUUCACAGGCUAAAAAGAGCCAACGGACAAUUUAAACUGCGACCAAAUUCAGACGACACGCUGAAACUUAAAGUUUUUACAUCAGAUUAUAUUGAUAAAUUGGUCGACCAUUCCUUAAUCAAGAUACACGCAAUAGCAAACGUGUUGGAAACCAAGCAGACGUGGUCAGAAGAAGAUGAUUUCCCCCUGAUAAAACCUUCAUUAAAAAUUGACGUUGGAGGACAAUUGGUGGUCGGCGAACCUUGCACUGCAACAUUUUCAUUUACCAACCCUCUUGACAAGCCGUUAACAAACUGUUCAAUAAGCGUUGAAGGACCUGGUCUCCAGUGGGCCAAGAUCGUUAAAUGCGAAAAUGUUGAGCCAAAAGGACAUUUUGCCUAUACAGAGAGCUUCCAUCCGAGACGGCCUGGUCAAAAGAAAUUAGUGGCAGUGUUUUCAUCCAAUCAACUAAAUGACGUUGCAAAUUCAACAACUAUUGUUGUACAGUCACCAUAAUUUGGACAGUUUUGUUAAAUCUUAAAAUUGUACUUUCAGUAAUUAAAAUAAUUAAUGAUGUUAAGCAUG